AUGACGUCGCACGAGCUAGGCAGGCAAGCAUGUAGAGCACUCUACAGAGCAGUGCUUCGACAGUGUCCACCUGCAGUCACCUACUCUUCCCACGCUACAAAGAACCUUCGACGCUUAUACAAGUGGCACUUUGAGCAGAUCAUGGCGCGAGGCAAGCUCGUCGAUGCGGAUCUCAAGGCAGGUGAGCGAUGCUGGCUGCGUCCUAGUGUAGACGCACGCCUCUCAUGUCCCGAGCAGUCGUGACUGACUUCGUCCUCAUCGGUGCCCCGGCUAUCGCACCCCAGCUGAACGGACGAUGCUGAUGCUGUUGAGCUCUACAGCACCGGGGCAAGCGCCUUCUUCGCCAUUGGAUAGCAUCGAUGAUGCUUCGAGCAGCGCGACUCCACACGCUUCCACAUCGAGCUCUGCAAAGCUGCGGACUGACGUCGCUCAUGGUGCUGCCCAAGAGGCAGACGUAGCAGGCGCUUCGGAACGCAAAGGCAGACUACUCUCCCACCGUCUCACCUGCUCCCUGGCUUCUUUGACCUACCACCACCUAUCGCCGUACGUCGUGAUGCAGCGCGGGCCUAGGCGCAGGCUUGAAGGCGGCUCGCAGUCCUCCAGCGCUCGAAGAUUGAGAGCGAAGGACGAUGCGGGAGCACCUUUACCUUCGCUCGAAGUCCUGCCACGUCCACGCAGAGGACCUGUUCAAUCUAGUCUUGCUCGAGGGUCGGGCAAUCCUCUACCCAGCCAAUCGGUCGAUGAGAUGUUACAGGUCAUGUAUCGAGCAAAGGACAGGGUGGACGAGCUUCUGCAGAUGAAUGCAGGAGCAAAGUCUAAAGAGUAUGAGCAGGCGAAGCGAGAGUAUAUAGAGAAGAGGGGACUUGUCAGGGCAGCGAAACAUGCGUGGAACGCUGCGUUGGAGGAGAGACGCAAGGAAGAUGCGCCCAGAAGGUUGCUGGGAAGUUUGGUCCAGCGCGCAGAAAGGAGCUCUGGCUUGUGGCUCGGUGGACCUCGAUGGGCGCGUUGGAAACAGAACGAAAUGUUAUCAUGA